CGCGUUGCCAUCACAGCGCGCGUUGCCCCGGCAACGACCAUAGCGACUCCGAGCAGUCGCCACUGUCUCUAAAGGCGUCAAGCGAAGACUUUAAUAUCCACACGACGCGAUGCCUCCCAAGGGAAAGAAGAAAGGAGGGAAGAAGAAAAAGGGCUCGGCCAAGGCGAAAAAAACCCCCACGGUGGUGGACGGGAUCUCCACGGAGGAGAUGAGCAAGGAGCAGCUGGAGGAGCACAUUGUGCGCCUUCGCGAGGAGCUGGACCGUGAGCGCGAGGAGCGAAACUACUUCCAGCUGGAGCGCGACAAGAUCCACACCUUCUGGGAGAUCACGCGCAGGCAGCUUGACGAACGGCGUGCCGAGCUCCGCAACAAGGACCGAGAGAUGGAAGACGCAGAGGAGAGACACCAGGUGGAGAUCAAGGUGUACAAGCAGAAGGUGAAGCACCUGCUCUACGAGCAUCAGAACAAAGUGGCUGAGCUGCGCACCGAGGGCACGGUGGCUACAACGCUGGCACAUCGCGAGCAGCGUGAGAAGGAGAGCGGCCUGCGCCAAGGCUUGCGCUCGCUGCUCGUCGAUAUGAAGGAGCACGAGCUGUCCAGCGAGGACGUCAUCAGAAACCUCACGCUGAAAAACGAUGAAAUGAUAACUAAGCUGCGGGAUGAUUUCGAAACACAAGUUCGAGAGAUGGAGGCCAAGUAUGAGAAGAAGAUGCGAGCGUUGCGCGACGAACUGGACCUCCGCCGGAAGACGGAGAUUCAUGAGGUGGAGGAGCGGAAGAACGGGCAGAUCAACGCCCUCAUGCGCAACCACGAGAAGGCGUUCAGUGACAUCAAGAACUACUAUAACGACAUCACGCUGAACAACCUGGCGCUCAUCAACUCGCUCAAGGAGCAAGUGGAGGACAUGAAGAAGAAGGAGGAGCGUCUGGAGAAGGAGAUGGCAGAGACGGCGCAGCAGAACAAGCGUCUGACGGAGCCUCUACAGAGGGCGCGAGAGGAGGUCGCCGAGCUUAACCGGCAGCUCGCCAACUACACCAAGGACAAGACGCUGCUCGCGAGUGCGAAGGCCAGACUGAAGGUGAUGGACCAGGAGAUGCAGGAGUUGAAGUGGGAGCACGAGGUGCUGAUUCAGCGCUUUGCCAAGGUGGAAAGCGAGCGGGACGAGCUGUACCGCAAGUUUGUGACGGCCGUCCACGAGGUGCAGCAGAAGAGCGGCUUCAAGAGCCUGCUGCUGGAGCGGAAGCUGGUGGCGCUCGCGGACGCCAUGGAGAAGAAGGAAGCGCAGCUCAAUGAGGUGCUGUCUGCCUCCAGCCUCGACCCGACGGCACUCAGCAUUGUCACCCGCAAGCUGGAGGAUGUCCUGGACUCAAAGAACAACGCCAUAAAAGACUUGCAGUAUGAGCUGGCGCGUGUGUGCAAGGCCCACAACGACCUCUUGCGCACCUACGAGUCCAAGCUGGAGGCCUUUGGCAUCCCGCGGGAGGAGCUGGGCUUCAAGCCGCUGGAGACGUCGGUGGCCGGGCAGACUCUGGGGAGGGGCCCCGCUGGCCUGGUGUCUGCCCCGACCUGAGCACUCGAACCCUCGUGGGGGCUGAUCACCCUCCACCCCACCCCCUUGAGACCCCAAACAUUGAGAUUUGAAUAUUAUUGUUACGUUUGUUUCCCAGGAAAGGCUUACUGAGUUUCAACACCGUUUUGAGGAGAGUCUUGUCAAGAUUCUACAGACGAAGGAGAUGUUGCUGUGUUGUGUGUAAAACCCACUGAGUACUUUGCAGGUAUGUUUUUUUUACCACUGGGAUAUUUGGGUCAGAGCCGAACAUGGUGACGCCUUAAUCAUACUGAUCUCUUCAUGAGCAAUAGAAGUGAAUGCUGCUGUGAUAACCUUUUCAUAUGACAAGCAAAAAUAAACAAGAAGACAAUACGCCUCCUUCCCAGAUCUUUCCCUCGACAUCCAAAUUCAAGUACUUUUUAAAUACUGUAUUCCAUCAGCCGCACAGCCUUCUGGGAAGUCAUAAUUUCACCAGCAUUGGUUUAACACGAGCAAAAAUCUGGACCGGUUUUGACAUUCAUUGUCUUAUCAGCAUCCAGGCAAUGCUGGUGAACCAAUGCUGGUGAAAUGCCAGAUGUUUAUAGGCAAGGAUACUCUCUCUUACAUAUGGGUCCUAGUUUGAUGCAAAACUAUAAAUACCUUAGCAUAAUUGUGAAGAAUUUAAGUAAGAAAAUAAUAAGCAGACACUAUUGAGCUAAUCUUGUUACUGAUAUUCUCCAGAACGACUAUUGUGUUUACAUAUGAAAAGGUUAUUUUUAGUAUUAUUCACAUCUGUUUGUUUUGUAUAUAUUUGAUACAAGACAACUGAAUGUGUUCACCUUAAGUGCUACUGUCCAGCGAUAUUUUGGUCUGCAUCCAUGGACGAGCGGAGGGCUUGCCUUGAAAGUGGCGCAUGUGAUUUUGAGCGGUUGACGCAUGUGUACAAUAAAUGUCUUGACCGCUGCA